CUGCUGACAACUGUUGUUGUUUUGAUGGAGAAUCGUCGUGACUCCGACCGGGAAUCUGGGUCAGAGACAGUGCAGCCGCGCGCGCAGCCGGCCGGCCUGUAGGUGUGUGCGUGCGGGCAUGCAGCAGGGAGCGCGGGCGCAGCGUCCCGCCGCAGCCGCGUGAGCGAUGCAUCUGUCCAAGAAGUGCUCGGCCUUCAGAGUGGUGCUGAGCGCGCUGCUGCUCGUGGCGCUGCUGCAGCUCAUCUACCUGUCCUUCCUGUCCCGCUUCCACGGGAAGCAGCAGCGGUACCGCUACUCGGAGCUGUUCGGCGGCUCCGGGUCGCGGAGGAGCGCGCAGCAGGAGAAGAACUCGCGCAAGGAGCGGCUCCGGUUCUCCCUGUCCACCGGGGGGAUCUUUGACAGCAGCGGCCAGUACCGGGUCUACAAGAACUUGAUCAAAAGUGACUUCACCAGCAACCAGAAGCCGGGAUCCGACCCCGGCGUGCUGGCCAUGGCCACGCACACCACCAUCAACAACCUGCACCACCUGGACUCGCUGCUGGAGCGCUGGCAGAACCCGCUGUCCGUGGCCGUCUUCGCGCACGGGCAGGACGUGAAGUUCGCCACGGCGCUGGCGUACGCGCUCAGCUUCUUCUGCCCGCAGAUCCAGGCCCUGGUGGACUUCCACCUGGUGUGCCUGUCGGGGGAGAUGGCCAGCUUCCCGGAGCAGGACCGCGAGACCUUCGCCGGGCUGGAGGACUGCGCGUCGGUCUUCUCCAGGCUGGAGACCCACCGGGACCAGCACAAGAACUACGCCAUGAGCGGGAACGUGUCCUACCCCAACAACCUGCUGCGCAACGUGGCCCGGGGAGGCGCCGAGUCCGCCUACGUCCUGGUCAUCGACAUCGACAUGAUGCCCAGCGCCGACCUCCACCAGCAGUUCCUGGCCAUGGCGGCCCGGCGUGAGCCCGCCGCCGCCGAGGUCUUCGUCCUGCCGGCGUUCGAGAUCCGCCACGCCAGGAAGAUGCCCGCCACCAAGUCGGAGCUGGUCCAGCUCUACCAGGUGGGCGAGGUGCGGCCCUUCUACGAGGAGCUGUGCCCCCGCUGCCAGGCGCCCACCAACUACUCCCGCUGGGUCAACAGCCACGUGAGGGAGACCGGAACCCUGGAGGUGGCCUACACGCUGCCCUGGGUCGACCCCUGGGAGCCGUUCUACAUCGGGCCCCGCGCCGUGCCCCUCUACGACGAGAGCUUCAAGCAGUAUGGCUUCAACCGGAUCAGCCAGGCCUGCGAGCUCCACGUGGCCGGGUACCGCUUCUCCGUGCUGAGCUCGGCCUUCGUGGUGCACCGGGGCUUCAAGAUCCAGGGCGAGUUCCACGCCAGGAAGGACGAGGAGAACAAACACAACCGGGUCCUGUUCCGCAGCUUCAAGGAGGGCCUGAAGGCCAAGUACCCAUCCUCCAGCCGGCGCUGCUGAGACGCCGCGUCCCGCCGGUCAAAGAGCGGAGUCGGAAGCCGGAAGCCCGGCCGGCGGAUCGGGGCUUUUCAGUUUCCCGUCUUUGAAGCAGUACGACUCAGACACACCGACCGGAGCACAAGACUUUGAAUAAACUCCUGCGAAGGGUCAGGAUUUAUGACUGACGAGCCUUUUUAAAACCACAUUUCCUGCUAAACUCACGCCGAUCAGCCACAACGUUCAAACUUUAUUUAUAAGCUCAUUUUCAUGUAGAAUUUAAAGUGCUACACAGAAUAUUUCUCCUCGGUAAUGGAAUAAUAAUGUUCUCACGUGAUCCUCCAGGCCCGCGGGGUUUGGUGAUAUUAUAUCUUUGUAUUGGUUCAUGAUAGUUUUUUUUUUUUUUGAGGGUUUCUCAGUUCCUGCUCUCACCAGCAGGGGGCAGCACGAGGACAUAGACUCCACAACAGUCCUGGUCCUGGAGCUCAGAGGAUGUGAAGCUACUCCAGUGGUUUGUUCACAUUUUAAUACCUUGGAAGUGUUUAGUUUUGUUCCUAAACUGUCAGACUGAUGAGAUUAACGCACUACACAACUUUAUACGUUUUGUUUUUGUUUUUUUGUUUUUUGUCAACACUGUGCGACGCUGCUGAGGAUGUGACACUACUCUUAUUUAAAGUUUAGAUCAGAGGUUUUCAAAGUGCGAGGCAGGCCUUCUUUAGGAUGACUCUUGUAAAAAAGCGUUACUGUAUAUAAAGACUGACUGAAUAUUUCAAAUCCCAACAUUUGUAGGCAAUAAAAUGAAAGCGCAGUGCACCAAUAUCCCACUUUUUGUGAAAAGGAUAGCCGUCACUGGAAAAUCUUACAUGAUAUUUACAGUUAUUCUUGGGUUUACUGCAUCUAAAAGAUUUCCAGACUAAUGCUGGGAAAGAAAAAGUGUCACAGCGGAACAGUAUCUCAUAGAAUAAAACAGCUUUUUGACAAAAGCUGAUUCUUAUUGAGCAAAACGUAGGUCGACUGAAGCCGGGGAUCUUUGACGAGCAGCGCUGGAUACCGUUUUCUGUAUCGCACUGCUUCUCAACGGGCAGGAGUAAUGUAGCAGGGAGAUAAAUAUCAUGUACAGUCAAGAAAAAGCUGCUUGUUUCGAAAAGUUCCACAUCACUAAUGAACAACUUCCUGAACUUUAUCAUUGCGUUACUCUGAGGUACAUAUAGUACGAGGUUCAUGACGACCGCUGCUCAUGUCUUUUAACAAGAUGUUUGGUUAUUUUUCAAUGUUAUCUUGUUGAUUUUGGAGAUAUUUGUUGAGUUUUUGAUCUAUUUAUUGUGAUAAUGUUAUUUUCUAUUGUGCCAGAUGAAGUUUGGUUUUGAAAUCGACUGUGUUGAAUCAUCUUUUCAGCCUUUAUUUGGGAUCUGAUCAUGUGAUGCAGUGCUCUGUUUUGUUUCCUAUUCACAUUGCUUCUCCUCCUCUCUAUUUUUCCUGUGUGUGAACUGCCUGAUCUGGAUUUCU